AUUCGAAGUUUUAGCAGGGGGGAACACCUAUGUAAACCAGAACCAUCUCAAAACAUUGUCGCUCGUUGUAAAUAAUAAUCGACCAUAUAACAUCGGGGGGAUAAAUACAUGCAAAUAUGCAGCGUGUGAUUCCACAUAAUAUCCGCAUAGAAAGCAUUCCAAACAAUAAAAAGUGUAUGACCAGUCCUGCAUUUCUCCAUAUGAAGUCACGAAACUGUCGUGUCUGACGAUAUGCCAAUGCGUGUGUGUAUGUGCGCGUGUUUGUGUGUACGCGCGAUAAAACGAAACAGUGUGCUGUGUGUGUGUGUAUAUGUCUCUGAGCAAAUGAACGACAAUAAUAAUAACAACAACGAUGGCAGCAUCAGCAACCACAGAGAUUCCGUUCAGUGGAAAACGUCAUCCGUCAUGUCUCGCGGGAGCAUUGAAGAGAAAAAAAGAAAUCACAUGAACAAAAAGAAAAGAAAACAAAAGAGUCAACGGACCAUUGUGACGAAUGGUUAUGUUUUUCGAGCGCAGUUUUCCAAAUAGGAGGAAUCGAUUUCAUGCGAUAAUCCAUCCACAGUUGGAAAAGUUGUAGCUUAAGCAAACUACAUUCAUCAACGCGCGAGAAGGAAUUCCACAUGUGACUCCUGUUUGCAUAAAACUUCGAAUACACGCCUUCUUACGAGCGCAGCUAUGACUCAUUCUUAUACCAUCACUCCAAACUGCCAAACGGUUCUUUGUUUCGUGCUACACGGUACAUAAAUCUUCGAUCGGCAGAAUCAUUUUUUAAUUCCAGAUACUUAACUGUACCGUAUCCUUUUUUCAUUCGUGAAAGGAUUUUUAUACUGUACCAGCGGAACGGAUUGAAAAAGUGUUUAUAAAAGUUUAGUGAAAUCAUGCAACGUGAGUGUUAAAGUUUAAGGAUGCCCAAUGCCGUAUGAAUAUGUUCAGUUCAUGUUGGAUGUGCAGUGAAGAUAAGAGAUCGAGAGCAAAUCAGUGAGCAGAGCUUAUCAAGUGACGAAUUCAUACGUCUCACCUCCGUAUCCGGUACAGGUGGUCAACGAUAAAACAGCACCGAGUCGAAAGAAUCGGUAGCAUGCUUUAUGCCUGUCAUCGCGUGAAACCAUAUUAGAAAUAGUAAGUGUAUGUUUGUGCCACACUGGAAUGGAAUUGCUAUCUUCAACGCUAGAUGCAGCAUCUGAAUGAGCUCACGAGGAAGUAAACUUUCUUCGCCACAACCCAAGUAGUGCGUUGUAGUAGCGAGCAGUCCCCGUGUGUGUAUUAAGUGAGCGCUUCUUCAUUUAGCCGCCCCCCGGUCACCGGUGCGCAUAUAAUUCGACCGAUCGAUUGUACCGAAUCUUAAAGCUGACGGCGCCGCGUAAUCCAUUCGGUGACACCGUUCACAUCGAUCCCGAUCGGAUCGUGUUGCGGCGCGCAACGGAAACCAGCACGACGGCGGCAACUAGCGUUGUACCUGCGGUGCCAGCGAGGAGCAAGGCCAAACCAGGCGCUUCCUGAAAAAUGCCUCCACCGCCGCCGCCUGGGCCGCCACCUCCUCCAGGGCCACCGCCACCGCCGGCCCUGAAGCUUGGUGGCGGUGCGCCACCGUCGGGCGAUGGGCGGAAUGCGCUGCUCCUUUCCAUCCAGAAGGGGACCAAGCUCAAAAAGACGGUUACGGUGGACAAGAGUGCACCGGCCAUCCAGGGCAAGGUUGCCUCUGAUGGAGCAGUGACAAGAGCGAAUAAUCGGGCACCAGGUCGGCCAUCGGGAGACGACAGUGCAGUUGCAUCAACCGGACCGGGAAAUGGUGGUCAACCGAAGCUGGGAGGAUUGUUCGAGGGUUUGUCAUCGAUGCCGAAACUAAAACCGGUCGGUAGUAGAACGGCCACCGGAACAGGAAACGCAUCUUCGGUAGGAUUACAGCAAAACAAAACACCCUCGCCGGAUGCUUCGAAGGGCUCACCGAUUAACAAUGGACGGGUAGGGAAUGGUGGCGGUUCCGCAGCCCCACUUGACUUCUCCGACGAGCUCGCGCAAAAGUUAACGCUCAAAAAACAGAAGCACCAGCAGCAGGGCAGCAAUAGCAGCAAUAGCAGUUACAGUAGUAGCAGCGGUAACCCUCCCACAGCGGUGCCGAACGAAACGAACCUGCGGCUGAACCGAGGACCACCACCGCAACCACCAACAUCGAUCCAACGGCCUUCCGGAGACAACGCGUCGUCAAAGACGGCUGCAGCCUCCAGUCAAAAAAGCCAAGCACCUGCAACACCUAACCACCACCUCAAGCUGGCCGCAUCCAAACCGUCAGCAACGAAUGGACCGUUUUCCACCGUCAACAGCAGUACCGUUGCCGUCUCCACUAGUCCCACAAUAAAUGCAACCGGCAGCGCACCGAUCGCGAAUCGAUCUGCCCUCUUUGGUGGUAGUACGACGGUUCCGACGGCGCCCCAUGCCAUGGGCAAUGGUAGUGUGCCAACGGCGGCAACGGCCGCAAUCCCGGUGGCACCGAAACCGGUACCAAAUUAUGGCAAACCAAAUCUAGCACCGAAACCCCCCGGUAUGCAGCUGGUAGGGAUGACCGGCGAUGGCGGAAGCACAGCGCGACCAACCGUGAGUCGACAUCAGAGCAUGCGAAGUCCAAGGUCUCCACCGGUUUCGCAAACGGCUCCAGUCUUUCCUGCCAAUCAUUUCGGUACGAUGCGCGGACCACCCUCGUCAGCGGCCAUGUUCCAGUCGUCGGAAUCGAUCGUACGACCGAUGCGGGAAGUAACGGGUCGCCCAUCUGCACCACCGCCAAAGCCACCCACAAUGAAACCACCUCCACCGCCCCCGGUGCGGAGCGUCAGCAAUACGAACCUAACGCAUCUGCCACCAUCGCUCAGCUUGGCCCCAUCAUCACAGGAUACUACCGGAACCAGUUCACCAGCGACUGAACCGACCUCGUUCGGUUCGGUGAACAACGUAUCAUCGCUUACGCUGGCUGAUGAACUGCGGGCAAAAGUCUCGAACGCUAACCUGUCGGUUGGUGGUUCAUCCGCAAACUCCAUCUCUACCGGUAACUUAAGCGUUCUCGGUGGUGGGACCACAUUGACGAAAGGGGGCAGUUUGAAAACGACGGCAGCACCUCCGCUACCUCCCCAUCGAACAAGCCCAGCGCCACCUCCCCCGGUUCCGGUAUCGACAGUACUGAAUACAAGUGACGCGCCGGUACCACCACAACGAAUUUCGUCGAUCCGUAAUUCGACCGGGAGCGGUAGCUUACCGGCAGUAUCCACUGUUACUAGUAGCAACAACAGCAGUAGUCACAAUCAGAGUCAUCAUAGUCAAAGCAGCACGGUCAUUAUUACGAGCACCACAUCUACCGGCGGCACUCUACACCGUAAGGACACAUCGCUAACGUCCGUCAGCAGCAGUUCAUCGACGGUGACGACAGGUGGGUCAGCAACGACCGGUGUUACACUUACUAAGAUGCCGUUGCCGGAGAUAGACCUCGAGUCGAAGUAUGCAUUCUACUUCCACAAGGUGACGGAGUUUCCGCAACCGAUACCGUUCCUCAAUGUGCCGAAAGUCUAUCAAAGCGAACUGCGCCAACAACAGCAAUCUGCCCAAGGUGCACAGCAGCAACCGCAUCGGCAAUAAGGCGCAAUGCGUACGUCACAGUGCGGAACGAUCAACCUAAGAGAAAGAUGUUUAAUGUGCACAUCGCAUGCUGACUGGAAACUGGAUUGGGGAAAUGCAUAUCCGGUAGGAAAAACAGUAUUUACGGUAAUACGGACGUCGCAAUGCACAUAUAUACUUUCAUACACACGCAUAUACAUCUAUGCUGGAAGGAGCAAACUGACGUGAUUAUUAAGCUCAAUCAAUUAUUACGUAUAUCAUAUUAUCCAUAUACAUUACCGAUCGAUCGUGAAUGCUGUGAAGCAGCGCGAACGAAGAAAGAAGGUAAACGUGAUUUACAUAUGCAUUACAACACCCAACUUAACAACUAGGUGUGGUGUGAUUUGCCCGGAAUCAGAGAAUUAUAAAGCCGACACACAGACACACAUACGUACACAGAUGAAAUUCUCUUACAGCACAGUGAACCAACCUAGUAGCGCAAUGGAGUAAAGGUUAAAUUUGUGGAAAAAUCACCAAACCAUAUCAAAAGCAAAAGCAACAGUAGCAAAACAUUCGAGAAAAAAAAACAAAAUAAUUAAAAGUAUCUAACUAAAAGCAACAAUACCGCAAACUAAAUCUACUUAAUAAUCUAAAAUUCUUUAAACAGUAACAUAAUAUUUUUCGAGGAUCAUAAAUUGAACGUUGUCUUAAAGUGAGAGAGAGAGUAGACAUUUGGACGAAAUACAUGUAUUUCAUUCGAAUGCAACGAAAUGUAGAGAAACAAAGUAAAGUGUAUGUAAAUAGUGAUACAAUCGGACGUUGUUGAUUUUUAGUUAAAGAUUCGUUUCAAAAUUUAGCAGGAUGUAGCUAUAAAUCGUAUCUAGGAUUAUCGGAAUAGACCGUAAACUAAAAUCACUGUUACAUGUUGCGAUAGUUGCGAUCGUUUUCAACCGUUUCCACAUCCUUUCCGCACAUUAAUACACAUGUUUACCUCUUGUAUGUGUAGGAUAAAAGGAUUCUUCCCCGAGAGAAGACCCAAAGUGUCUCUGUCCGCACGAACCAUAUCGUUUCAAGGCAGCCUUCCGACCGCGGAUACGCUGCCGUAUGAAGCGACCUAUUAUUUAGUCAUUCGUAUUCGGUUAACAAUUCGAAAAGGUAGGAUUGAGAAGAACUUUUAUGUAGAACUGUCUCAAAGUGUCGGAUUGGAGAUAUGGUAAAAUGCACAGAAACGUAUAAAAUACAGAACCUUUAUUGGAAGAAAGAAUAGAGUGAAAAGGGUCGAAUUGUUUUUAUUUUAGGAUUCAUAACACAAAAUUAACAAGCAAUUAUCGAUGGAACAAGGAGCGGCACAACGUUAACCGGGUGGGGCAAACAGGGGUAUGGGCAAAGGAAUGUUACGUUGUACAAUUCUACUAACACAAAGCAAUCAACAUCGAUGUCCAUCGCGGUAUACACUAUAGUUGCUGGCAUAGCAAGCAGUUGAAGAUCGUGUUGUAUAUGGUAGAGAAUUUAAGCCAUUGGGGAACAAUCAUUGCAAAAACAAAGGACAAAUAAGACAGAACAGUGAGUUUCGGAGAGUGGAGAAACAAUUUUAAAUACCGUGUUGAUUGGUAACAGUUUGCGCAAUAAUGAGCCUCGCUAGAAAACAAAACAAAAAAACGGGCACAUUCGGUUUUCGUUCACAUAUGCGAAAGCUAAAAACGAUGGCCAUGAAGCAUGCAUAUGGGUGAACUAAACCGUAAAGUUCGAACCAACCGAAAGCGAAGGAAAUCUGAAGCUAAGAAACAGGAGCGUUAAUAUAUUCGUGAUCGUGUUUCUUUAUUAAUCGCAAUUUGUUAUUUCAAUCUGUUGUACAUAUGAAUUAAAAUCAGAACAA